AUGUUUUCCGAAUCUGGCAUUUGCACGAAUCCCGAAGUUUGUUCGUGCAAUGAAGGUUAUCAACACUCCAAUGGAGAUCUAUCAAAAUGCGAGCCAAUAUGUCGAACUAGUUGCACGAACGGUAAAUGCACUGCACCUAAUCAAUGCACUUGUAAUCCAGGAUAUCAAUUAUCUGGAAAUAGCACCGAAAUUUGCGAACCGAUUUGUACUAUCGAAUGCCAAAACGGAAAAUGUACUGCUCCAGAUUCUUGCACUUGCAACGAAGGGUACGGAAUCGGAGAAAGUAGUAGCCAUAUAUGCUAUCCGAUUUGUUCACCAUCAUGCGAAAAUGGAAUUUGCAUAGAGCCAAAUGUUUGCAAAUGUUUCACUGGAUACGCAUUGGAAACUAAUUCCUCCAAUGCUUGCCGUCCUGUAUGUUCUCCUUCUUGCCAAAAUGGAGUUUGUGUGAAUCCAAAUGAAUGUGUGUGCUUUCCAGGGUACAAUCGCUCUUCUGAAAAUAAUGUGUGUUCACCUAUUUGUACCUCCGAAUGUGUAAACGGUGUGUGUUCUGCACCAGAAACAUGCACAUGCCAUGAUGGAUUUGUGAAACAUGACAAUAGUUCUAAUAUUUGUGUUCCCAAAUGUAGUUCACAAUGUGCCAAUGGGUGGUGUUCCUCUCCAGAAAUAUGUACUUGCAAUGAAGGGUAUAAUAAGACAUCUCAAUACAUAUGUGAUCCUAUCUGUACUGGCUGUGAGGGUGUAGAAGGGAAUUGCAUAGCUCCUGAAACUUGUUCAUGUAAUGAAGGAUAUCAACAAGGGCAUAACAUAUCAUACUGUGUUCCCAAAUGUGAUCCACCUUGUGAAAAUGGAUUGUGCGUUGGACCAAAUACAUGCGAAUGUUUUGCCGGUUAUGAGUUAAACAAUACAUCUAUAUGUCAACCCAUUUGUUCACUUCCCUGCGAAAAUGGUAAAUGUACAGCUCCAGACAUAUGUAGUUGCAACGAUGGAUAUAGUUUUAGAGCAAAUAGUAAACACAUCUGUGAACCUGUAUGUGAACCAUUAUGUGAAAACGGUUUUUGCAUAUCUCCGAAUCAAUGUAAAUGCUUCGAGAACUAUGAUUUAGCAGUUGGCUCUAAUUUUACAUGUAAUCCAGUAUGUACACUGAGUUGCAUAAAUUCCAAAUGUACCGAACCAAAUUAUUGCAAUUGCUUAGACGGCUACAUGCAUUUAAACACAAGUUGGAAUAUCUGUGAACCAAUUUGCGAAAGUCCUUGCACUAACGGAUUAUGCACAUCUCCUAAUCAGUGUACAUGUAACACGGGGUAUGUUUUUGAAGCAGCUUCGAAAACCACAUGCAUUCCAAUAUGUCUUAACGAAUGUGUGAAUGGAAAAUGUGUGGCACCUGAUUCUUGUCAAUGUAAUGUAGGAUAUAAAUUUUCCGAUAACAGCACAAGUAUUUGCGAACCUGAAUGUAUAACACCUUGCGUUAAUUCGAAGUGCACUGCUCCUAACCAAUGCACUUGCGAGAAGGGCUUUAGUAUUUUGGAUGAUUCUCAAACUUGUCAACCAGUUUGUAAAAACCAAUGCAUUAAUGCAACUUGUACAGCUCCUGAUUUUUGCACUUGCUUGUCAGGUUUCAUGUUUGCCGAAGGAAGUACCAGUGUCUGUAAACCAAAAUGUACAGAAAACUGCAUUAAUGGUUUCUGCAUAGCACCUGACACUUGUGUUUGUAUUAGUGGUUACGAAUUUGUAGAAAAUUCCACAAAUAUAUGUGCUCCUAUGUGCACACAAGGUUGUAUUAACGCUGACUGCACUUCACCCGAAAUAUGCACAUGUUUAGAGGGAUACAUAUUCGAUAAUGAUAGUACAAUAUCAUGUACACCUGUUUGUAGCAAGUCUUGUGGCAAUGGCACUUGUACAGAACCUGAAAGUUGCACUUGUGACGAAGGAUUUACUUUUUCAUAUAAAGAGAUCACUUGUAUUCCAGAAUGCAGUCCUGAAUGUAUAAAUGGAGUUUGUGUCAGUCCUGGAAUUUGCGACUGUUAUGAAGGAUACUUAAAAACAGAUAAUAAUUCCUGUCAACUAAUACAUGCUCAUGGAAUCAGUAACAAUGAUACAAACCCAUACGUUAUGAUGGCUGGACCACUACAUCUUCCUUGGAUAAUAGCGUUAUGUGCGCUGGCGUUAACAAUUCUGAUUUUGAUAACUGGAGCUGUAAUAUUUUUCAGAUCUAGAUCAAAUCAUUACAGGAUAGAUAACAGUAUCUCACGACAAUCGCUAAAUCCAAUUAUUAUUAACUCGCAGUUUGAUGACGAAUGCUUCGAAUAUGAUAAUGAUGGACAUGACAAUAGCUCAUUAAAUAGUAUUUGA